GAGCGGCCGCCGCCUCUGCCGGAGGAGCCGCGGGGGCCGCCACACUCGCCCCCCGCCCCCCCGCGCUCACUCGCACUCACACCCCGGCGCUGGAGGCGGGCGGCCCGGGCCCCACCGGCCCCCCAUGGACGCCCCCGGCACGGGGCGCUGAGACCCCCGCGUCGUUGCCCAACUCGGUUCCGCGCGCCAAGCCAAGAUAUCUCCCGACAGGACACGCCUCUGAAGACCUCCCAGCCCCUAACCCAGUGCCAUUCACCAACCCAGCUUGCCCCUAGCUCUCCCACCUGCCGCUCCCUGGCCCCUCCCACCACCCGCCCUCACCCCUUUGGGGCGCAGGGCAUGGUGUGAAAGGCUGAGUACUGAGACGGGUACCAUGGGUGCUGUGCCCUAGGGCCUGGGUGGUGGGGGGUGGGUGGCCUGUGGGCGUGGGGGGGGGCAGUGUGCCCACCCCAGUCUCUUGGCGUGCUGGAGGGCAUCCUGGAUGGAAUUGAAGUGAAUGGAACAGAAGCCAAGCAAGGUGGAGUGUGGGUCGGACCCAGAGGAGAACAGUACCAGGUCACCAGAUGGAAAGCGAAAAAGAAAGAACGGCCAAUGUUCCCUGAAAACCAGCAUGUCAGGGUAUAUCCCUAGUUACCUGGACAAAGACGAGCAGUGUGUCGUGUGUGGGGACAAGGCAACCGGUUAUCACUACCGCUGUAUCACUUGUGAGGGCUGCAAGGGCUUCUUCCGCCGCACAAUCCAGAAGAACCUCCAUCCCACCUAUUCCUGCAAAUAUGACAGCUGCUGCGUCAUUGACAAGAUCACCCGGAAUCAGUGCCAGCUGUGCCGCUUUAAGAAGUGCAUCGCCGUGGGCAUGGCCAUGGACUUGGUUCUAGACGAUUCGAAGCGGGUGGCCAAACGCAAGCUGAUCGAGCAGAACCGGGAGCGGAGGCGAAAGGAAGAGAUGAUCCGAUCGCUACAGCAGCGACCAGAGCCCACUCCUGAAGAGUGGGAUCUGAUCCACGUUGCCACGGAGGCCCACCGCAGCACCAAUGCCCAGGGCAGCCAUUGGAAGCAGAGGCGAAAAUUCCUGCCGGAUGACAUUGGCCAGUCACCCAUUGUCUCCAUGCCAGAUGGAGACAAGGUAGACCUAGAGGCCUUCAGUGAGUUUACCAAGAUCAUCACCCCGGCCAUCACCCGUGUGGUGGACUUUGCCAAAAAACUGCCCAUGUUCUCCGAGCUGCCUUGCGAAGACCAGAUCAUCCUCCUGAAGGGGUGCUGCAUGGAGAUCAUGUCCCUGCGGGCAGCUGUCCGCUAUGACCCUGAGAGCGAUACCCUGACGCUGAGUGGGGAGAUGGCGGUGAAGCGGGAGCAGCUCAAGAAUGGCGGCCUGGGUGUAGUCUCUGACGCCAUCUUUGAACUGGGCAAGUCACUCUCUGCCUUUAACCUGGACGACACGGAAGUGGCCCUGCUUCAGGCUGUGCUGCUAAUGUCAACAGACCGCUCCGGCCUGCUGUGUGUGGACAAGAUUGAGAAGAGUCAGGAGGCGUACCUGCUGGCCUUUGAGCACUACGUCAACCACCGCAAACACAACAUUCCACACUUCUGGCCCAAGCUGCUGAUGAAGGUGACUGACCUCCGCAUGAUCGGGGCCUGCCACGCCAGCCGCUUCCUCCACAUGAAAGUCGAGUGCCCCACCGAACUCUUUCCCCCUCUCUUCCUGGAGGUCUUUGAGGAUCAGGAAGUCUAAAGCCUCAGGCGGCCAGAGGGUGUGCGGAGCUGGUGGGGAGGAGCCUGGAGAGAAGGGACAGAGCUGGGGGCUGAGGGAGAACCCCCCCACCUCUUCUCUCCUUCCUCCCAUCCUUGGAUAGAUGCAGCUCCCAUAUACCCCUGCACUGCCCAGUCCCCCUCAGAACCUCCAGCCCUCACACAGGGCAACAAAUGAACUUGCUAUGAAAGACAGUAUGGGAGGCUGGGACCUAAGUCCUAGAGUUCCCGGGAACCCCCAACCUCUAAGAAAGUAGGGAAAGGGAGGAAGAACUAAGAGGGGCAAGCCAUCCUGAUUGUAGGGUCAGGAGGAAUGAGGAAUAGGGGCAGAUGCCCUCACUCAUCCCUAUACACACAGGAGAGCCCUGCCAAGUUCCUUGGCCUAGAUUCCCCUUCAGGCCACAGGUCUCUACUUCCCCAAAAACCUGGGUCCUGGCUGUAAAGGACAGCUUGGCUUGGCUUAGCUCCUCCCCUGGAGGCUAAAAAUGGUAGUCAUCCUAACUGCACUUUGGAAAGCAAAUAAGGGGAGACUAUAAAUGAAGAAAACCUAGACAGACAAAAGACAAAACACAAAAAAACAAAAAAACAAAAAAAAACAAACAAAAAAAAGAGAGCGUUGAGAGAGAGAGAGAGAGAGAGAUGAUAUUAAGUUAUUAGCUGAGGCUGGUCCAAGGGGAAGGACCCCCCCCCCUCCCCACCCCCAUGCACUUUGAGAACUGCCCUUCUGACCCCCAGAGAGAAAUGCCCCCAGCGGACCUACAAGGGUAGGGCUGCUGGUUAGAGCUGUGAGCUAACACAACAGGGUCCUGGCGCCCCCCCUUGCCUUGCCCCUCCCCCCCGCCCCCCCCCGUGCCCCUUUGGCACCGCACCCCAGUACUUCCUCUGCUCUCUGCCACUCGUGCCCGCUGAGUUCCAUCUACCUCUCACGCUGGAUGCCAGCUGGCCCCUCACCAGCCUGCCCUGUUGCCCACACAGCUCCCCUUUCAAGUGCCCAGCCCCAGGGGCCUCCUGUUCCCCCUCCUCCUAUACCUUGGCACCCACACACAGGAAAAACUGCGGCCCAGGCUCCUUCCCUCCUCGUAUCCUGCAGUAUUAGCUACAAUCCAGAUGCUGCUGCAUGGGGGGCGGGGUGGACAUGUGUGUCUCCCAGAACCUCCGCCCACCCCUGUGGGACUCCUGUUUCCUGUCUGUUUUCUGGGCUCCCUUGGCCCUCCUUACUGACUCCCACUUGAUGCGCUAACCCAGACGUAGGGCAGGCUGGCAUGCAGUGGGAGUGUUUCUAUCAGUGGCACUUAGGGGCCCCGGGGAGGAGGCAGUUGGCACUCCUCCUGUUUUCUUUGACGCUCGCUCGCUCGCUCGCUCUUUAGGCCAGCCACCCCUCCGCCCCUGGGACCCUUCUCCCCUCUCCUUUUCUAAUUCAGGGACUUUGGCUUGAGCCAGCUCCCACCCUCUGGUGAGGAGUGCUCUGUUGGUCUGCACUUGGGUGAGCUGCCCUCCCAGUCCUCCCUCCCCCUCCUCCCCCUCCUCCUCUUCCUCCCUUUGACUACAGCCCACUCCUCUGCAGAGAGGGAGGGAGGAGGCGGCCCUCCCCUGAGUGGGAGGGAAGGGAGGAGAGGGAGAAACAGAGCAGACCAGUGGCCCUGGCCUCAGGGCUGCAUGUCGGCAGGGAUGGAUGGGUGGACAUAGAUGCCCCCCGGAAGCCAUGGGGAAUGGGGCAGGGGGGGCGGGGAGGGGUGCCAGGGCUUCCUGCGCUUUGCACUAUUGGGGCAAAAAUGUCUUAAGCGGUGGGGAACCUGCCACCCCACUCUGACCCUCAGCCUGCCACAGCCCCUCUACACACACACACACACACACACACACGCACGCACGCACGCACGCACGCACGCACGCACACACGCAGAGGAAGGCAAUGCUUCACUGUCCCCAGGGCAGUGUCCUCCACCACUGUCCAGGUGUUCCCACUGGGCAGAGGGCCUGGAGGAGCAUCUCCUGUCAUCACCUGUGCGUGUGCCUGCCCCACCCCUUGGGGCCUCCGGGCCGCCUGUGCUCUCUUUUGUCUCUACCCUCUUUCUCUCUCCGGGGGUACUGAUUUCCGUAUUCCUCCAGUCCCAUGGGUAAACCUUCUCAUACCUUCCCCCGUGACCUGGGGGCCCAGUGGAGUUCCUGACCUUGCCUGCUGUCUCCCUCCUUCCCCUGGCUCCACGCCUCCCUGUCCAUUCCCAAUCUCCGCCGUGGGCAUGGCCUCUUACAGGCACUUGGGAAUCCCCUCCCCUCCCCCAAAUCGUAUGAGCUGUGAGCCCCUUCCCCUCAGCCCUCCCCCUCCCCCUCAGUGACGUGGAGUGUAUGUGUGUGUUCCUGUGUGUGAAUGUAUGAGUGAGUACACGUUGUGGGAAGGAGCCAGAGAGACUCAGGAGUGCCACGCACCUGCUCUAGAGAGGCAGCUGUCCCAGUCCCUACUGUGGAAGUGGGGGACAGGGCCCUCUCCUGGGGGCCAUUGGUGCUAAUGGGGGGAUGGACUUGGCAUGGGUGCUUAGCAUGCCUUCCCCCAGUGUUGGCCCGGGGCACUAGGGCAGGCCGGGUGGGGCAGCGGGUGCAGUAUUGAUGGGAGAAUGGGUUGCUGGGAGAAGGUUGGGGGGGCCAGGCCAGGACAAGGGGGUGCCAGAGCCAUGACCACUACCUGCCCCUACCACUGCCUCUCCAUCUCAGUAUUCCCCCCUCCCAUCACUUAUAACACACAUACCUCAUCCAGCCUCCUCCCUGCUCAGACUUGGGGAGGGUGGGGGAGGAGGAGCCCCUACCCCUUCCCCGGGUGGUGGGUCUGCAGGGCUGGGAGAGGGCAGGGCAGGGGGUGUGACAUAGACACCGUCCAUUAGGGGGAAAUGUACUUCCUGCCCUAGGAACUCCUGGGUGGAGGAGGGGGGGGACACUACCCAGAGGCGCUACUGAAUGUAUGAGAAGCUGGUGCUGGGGUGGGGGGAGGGGGUUUAUGGCUAGAAAACAGGGAAGGAGAUAGGUCCCUUCCCCAGAGACGGGUGGGACCGGUAGGGGUGACUUGAGGGGCUCCUACUCCUGCCCCACAGUUGACAAUCAGUAUGUCUGUUAUGUGCGAUUUUUCACCCCAUUGUGUUUUGGGUCAGGAUUUUAAAGAAAGAUAUUUUUAUGGUAA